UGGAGAUUGCUGAGAACUCCAUGAAGCAGUAUUUUGAGGCCCCAAUAUCGAUUUCUGCUCUUUGCAGUACAUUGCAUUUGACGGUGACUUUAUACUGACAGGUGACACCAUGGUUAUUCCUCCAGGUUACGGUGAUCUGGGCAAAAGUGCCAAAGAUCUCUUCAACAAGGGGUACAACUAUGGCUUCUUCAAACUGGAAUGCAAGACUAAGGCCAGCAAUGGUAUGGAGUUCACCACAAGUGGGAACCACAACUCCGAUUCUGGAAAGUUGUCCGGAAAUUUGGAGACGAAAUACAAAUGGGCGGAUUAUGGCCUGACAUUCACUGAGAAGUGGAACACUGACAAUGUCCUUGCCACUGAAGUAACAAUUGAGGAUCAGAUUGCCAAGGGCCAAAAACUCUCAUUUGAAACAUCCUUUGCCCCAAAUACUGGAAAAAUGCCACGCCAUGUUUCUGCAAGGCUCAUACAUCGCUGUGAUAUAGGAAAGGCCAAGUUUACUUUCAAUGCUCAAUGGAGAGAAGAUUGGAAUCCAAAUCAAAAGAAGGCUGGUAAAAUUAAAACUGGGUACAAGAGAGACUACAUUAACGUGAACUGUGAUGUUGACUUUGAUUUUGCUGGCCCAACAGUGCAUGGUGCUGGUGUCCUCGGAUACAACGGCUGGUUAGCAGGUUACCAAAUGUCCUUCGAUACUUCCAAAUCAAAAUUGACAAAAAAUAAUUUUGGUGUUGGAUAUGCUGGAGACGACUUUGCUCUCCACACAAGUGUAAAUGCUGGCUCUGAAUUUGCUGGCUCCAUUCAUCAGAAAGUUAACAGCAAUGUAGAAACUGGAAUCAACUUAUCAUGGACAGCAGGAACCAAUACAACUCGUUUUGGAAUUGCAGCCAAAUACACUGUAGACAAGGAUUGUACCUUGAGGGGCAAGGUGAGCAAUACUGGACAAAUUGGUCUUGGAUAUACGCAGACACUAAGGGAUGGCGUGCAGCUGACCCUCUCUGCACUUGUUGAUGCCAAGAAUAUCAACUCAGGUGGACACAAGCUCGGUAUAGGUCUUGACUUGGAUGCUAAAUAAGUAAUUCAUAUCGUCAGGAGCAGUUUCCCGUUCAGACAAGUAGAUAACAUGACUUUUACUAACAAUUUUCUCUCCUUGGCAACGUAUGCUGGUCUAAAUACGGAUUAUAAACACCUCAACGAAAGUAAGUCUGCCUCUAAACAAUUCGUUAUAAUUUCUAAAGUAUCCACGACAAUGCGAUGAAAAUUGCUGGACAUCAGCAUACCAUCAUUAGGAACAAUGAGUAAAGAGGGCAGGGGCAUACCUAUUGUUAUUGAAUGAAAAAAAGUGCCAUUUCAAAAAUAACAACAUUGGUGGCAUGUUUCAGUGAGUAUUGAACUACAACUUACUGAUUGCAUGGCCCACACUGCCAGUCAAUUUCAGCCUUGGUGGAUCAGUUCUGGUUUUUUUGAAACAUCACUUUUUUCAUUCAAUUGAAGAUCAUUAAUGCGUAAAAAUAGGUAGGCCCUUGUCCUCUUCACCCGAUAUGCCUGAUGUUGGUAUGAUGAUGUCCGGCCAUUUUCAUUGCAUUGUCGUGGAGACUUUAGAUAUUAUGACCAAUUGUUUAGGGGUGGACUUACUUUUCUUGAGGUGUUAAUGUGUAUGUAAUUAUUUAUAAGAAAAUCGGUACCAAUGUCAAGUUAACACUUGAGGCAUGACGACUGUUUUGUAGUCAUUCGGAAUCAGAAUUUAAAUGUAAAUUCAUUUUUAGAUAUGAUAAUUCUUAACAGUCAGAUGCACUAGAGGAAACUAGCAUUCAGAACUAAAAUGUGCUACUCAUUUAUCUUGCAGUUGCGCAGGGGAAUUGAGUAUAAUGGCCAGGCCUUCUUGUCGCUGUGAAUAGUUACCAUCAUUCUUUCAUUGUUUUGAGUUGAGACGCGUGUUGUGCUUUAUAAUCGGUGAGAAAUUCCUUGUUUAGUGAACUGAAGACAUUUACAAGUAUUCCAGUGUUCACACGAUUCAUAUACAUUCUUGAUGCUGUUAAACAUACAAACAUUUGGAGGCAAAUAUACCAUUGUGUCGUCCAGUAAAAGCAUGCAGAUAAAUCUUGGCAGUGCCAAAAUGAUUACUUCCCUGUCGGCCUCCCAAAGUUGACUAUUUGUACAUUUUAUUACAAAUUUUCAUCGUUUCGUUUACCAUGCGAGAUUUAGUUGUUGAUACAAUGUACAUGUAGCAUACAUUUUGUAUCUUGAACGUCCACUUCUGAUUAACAUAUCUGUCUUGGAAGCCAAGUUCUCAACUGUUUGAGUGGUUCUAGCUUGGAUGCCUGACCUUUUGUAUAUUUGUUCUCCAAGUUUUGGUGACAUCAUAUUGUAAAGACACUUUCCGUUGCUGAAAUGCCUGCUCUACAGUGUGGCCCAGAAUUAUUUUCGAUUGGACAAUAGCAUCCAUUGUCUGAGGCAAAAUAAUUCUAAGCCACCCUGUCGAUAGCAGUGAAAGUUUGUGUGUGUUGCCAGUUACCGGUUCAUACUAGCUGGCGAUCAUCUCUCAGCUGACCAAUAAAGAAUCGACCUUGAUGCUCA